GUAAGCAAGCGAGAGCCAUAGACAAGUACCGAGGACUACGUCUCCGCUCUAGCAUCAACAAAACCCGUGGAUUUAGCUUCAUAUUUCCUUUCCCCUGGAUACUGGAUAUAUUUCUUGGGAGGUUUCGUUAUCAAACAGCCGAAAAACGACACUUAAAAUCCGUCGAGAGGGGAGCUACAACUUGGUUGAAGCGUCUAAUGUACUGAUACGAAACGGAAGUAACUUGCCAGCUGUCUGGCUAAGCAUCGCGAGUGUCUGAAUGCCAACUCUGUGGGUGAUGGAGUUGAGCAGGCAACUCUGUGGGAAGAUGAGGAGGUCCAAUAAGAGGGCUCAACUCUCCUCCUCACCUACUUCCACUCAGGGCCUGGAGAUCCACUUUUACAUACCGGAGGUGCACCAGCUAGAGUACUUCAAAGGCUGCUACACCGUGGAGCAGCUCUGUGUGGAUGCUGCUAAGAAAUGCUCAAUCUCUCCCUUGUGCCAUAACCUCUUCUCCCUGUAUGAUGAGACAACUGGCACGUGGUACCCUCCCAACUACGAGUUCAAGAUCACAGAUGAAACCAGUGUCAAGUUGCACUAUCGCAUGAGGUUUUAUUUCAAAAACUGGCAUGGUACCACUGAAGGAGAGUCUCCAGUUUGGAGACACUGCAUCAGUAAACUCAAAGGAGCACUCAGCCCACAGAAAACACCGGAAGGAACUCCCCUACUGGACGCUGCCUCCCUUGACUACCUGUUUGCCCAGGGCCAGCAUGACUUCCAAACAGGCGUGGUUCCACUGAGGACGUCCCAGUCAGAAGUAGAUCAGCAUGACAUAGAAAAUGAGUGCUUGGGCAUGGCUGUGCUUGCUAUCACUCACUAUACCACGAACGUGGAUAUGACUUCACCCACAGAUUCUCGUGAAAUCAGCUACAAACGUUUCAUCCCAGAAUCACUGAACCGCAACAUCAAGCAGCGCAACUUCCUGACACGCAUCCGCAUCAACAACGUCUUCAAGAAAUUCCUCAGCGAAUUCAACCGCCGCACAAUGAAGGACAGCAACAUCACGCCGUAUGAUCUGAAGAUCAAGUACCUGGCUACACUGGAGGGCCUGACCAGUGGCCUAGGCAGUGAGGUGUUUGAGCCCGUCUCUCUCAGCGUGAUGCAGGAAGGAGAUCUCUGCAAUGGAGGUUACUAUGGGUACUACAACCAGAAUCAAGGGCAGAGCCAGAGUCAGAACAUAGAGACUAGCCAUGACAUGCAGGUCCUGGUUACUGGUACCACUGGCAUUUCUUGGAGGAAGAAGCCCGCUGCACCACCUGUGAUCACCAAGGAAAAAAACAAGUCAAAGAAGAACAAGCAGGAUGGCAAACAGAAAAAUGACAAAAAGAAAGAAGCAAGCGAAGACUGGGAGGUGUUCUGCGACUUCCACGAGAUCACACACGCUGUCAUCAAGGAGUCGACGGUCACCAUCUACAGACAGGACAACAAGAGGAUGGAGCUGCAAAUGCCUUCCAGGAAUGAGGCUCUGUCUUUCGCAGCCCUCGUGGACGGGUACUUCAGGCUGACAGUGGAUGCUCAUCACUUCCUGUGCAAGGAGGUGGCCCCUGCUUCAGUGGUGCACAAUACCAAAAACAGCUGCCAUGGACCUAUCUGCACAGAGUAUGCCAUCCACAAGCUGCGUCAGGAGGGCAACGAGGAGGGCACCUACAUCCUGCGCUGGAGCUGCACUGACUACCAGUACAUCAUCAUCACGGUGGUCUGCACCGAGAUUGACCUGAAGGAGUCUCGCCCUGUGCGUCAGUAUAAGAACUUCCAGAUUGAGGUGGGCUCAGAUGGGUUCCGCCUUUACGGCACUGAGACUCUUCGUCCCAAUCUUGCUGAGCUGCUGGAGCACCUGGAGGGCCAAAACCUCCGCACCGACAACCUCCAGUUCCAGCUGCUGCGCUGCUGCCCUCCACAGCCUAGAGAGAUUUCUAACCUGCUGGUGGUCACUAAAGACAGAGCGCCGACCCCUCCGACACCUAUGCAGGACAGUCAGCUCAGCUUCCAUCGCAUUCUUAAGGAGGAGAUUGAACAGGAGGAGCACCUUGGCCGAGGCACGAAAACCAACAUCUACUCAGGCACACUGAGGGUGAAGAGUGAGGAGGCGGAGGAGGAUGCAGGGUACUCAUCCUUCCAGGAGGUCAAGGUGGUCCUGAAGGUGCUGGGUUCUGGACACAGGGACAUCUCCCUGGCCUUCUUCGAAACAGCCAGCAUGAUGCGACAAGUUUCCCAUAAGCACAUAGUGCUGCUGUAUGGAGUGUGUGUCCGCCACCAGGAGAACAUCAUGGUUGAGGAGUUUGUUCAGCUAGGACCACUGGAUUUAUUUAUGAGGAGACAGCAGAGCCCACUCAGCACACCAUGGAAGUUCCAGGUGGCCAAGCAGCUGGCCUCAGCUCUCAGCUACUUGGAGGACAAAAAGCUGGUCCAUGGCUUUGUGUGUGCUAAAAACAUCCUGCUGGCCAGAGACGGAUUGGGCACUGAUGAAGGAGGGCCCUUCAUCAAGCUCAGCGACCCGGGAAUACCAAUCACAGUGCUCACCAGAGAGGAGUGUGUGCAUCGUAUCCCGUGGAUCGGUCCCGAGUGUGUGAAGAGUGUGUCCUCCCUGAGCAUCGCAGCCGACAAAUGGGGCUUCGGUACUACGCUGUGGGAGAUCUGCUAUGAUGGAGAGGUCCCUCUCAAAGACAAGAAACUCACAGAGAAGGAGAGGUUUUAUGAAACAGAGUGCCAACUGGCCACCCCAGACUGCAAAGAGCUGGCAGAGCUGAUGACCCACUGCAUGAACUACGACCCCAAGAAGAGACCUUUCUUCAGGGCCAUCGUCAGAGACAUAGACAUGCUAGAGGAGAAGAACCCAUCUAUCAAACCCCAGCCCACACCAGAGGUGGACCCAACUGUGUUUGAAAAGAGAUUCCUGAAGAAGAUCAGAGACCUGGGAGAGGGCCACUUCGGUAAGGUGGAGCUGUGCCGCUAUGAUCCUCGGGGAGAUAAAACAGGUGAGCUGGUGGCAGUCAAAUCCCUGAAGCCAGAGAACCGGGAGGAGCAGAGCAACAACCUCUCGAGUGAGAUCGACAUCCUGAAGGCACUCUACCAUGAAAACAUUGUUAAAUACAAGGGCAUCUGCCAAGAGGAAGGUGGUCAGGCCAUUAAGCUGAUCAUGGAGUACCUUCCACUGGGCAGUCUGAAGGAGUAUCUACCCAGAAACAAGAGCAAGACCAGCCUCGGCACCCUGCUCAGCUACUCUGUCCAGAUAUGCAAGGGAAUGGACUAUCUUGGAUCCCGAAAUUACAUCCACAGGGACCUGGCUGCCCGAAAUGUGCUGGUGGAGAACGAGAGGACGGUGAAGAUCGGAGAUUUCGGCCUCACCAAGACCAUCAAGGACAACGAGGGAUAUUACACGGUCAAGGACGAAAACGACAGCCCUGUUUUCUGGUAUGCUCCAGAGUGUCUGACUCACUGUAAGUUCUACCGUGCCUCAGACGUUUGGUCCUUUGGGGUGACGAUGUACGAACUCAUCACCUACUGCGACUCCACAAAGAGCCCGAUGACGCUCUUCCUCGGCAUGAUUGGCCGAACUCACGGUCAGAUGACGAUCAUCCGAUUGGUGAAGGUGUUGGCAGAAGGGAGGAGGUUGCCACGUCCUGAGAGCUGUCCUGAGCCUGUGUACGAGCUGAUGCGAAAGUGCUGGGAGAACCUGCCCGAGAGGAGAAUCACCUUUAAGCGCCUGGUGGAGGAGCUGACCAACAUGCAGCAACAGCUCCAGCCACAGAACGACCAUUAAACCUCCUCAAAGCGUUGGAGGCUCUGGGAGAGACGUUGACUCUUGCUUGCAGACCUCGGGACCAGAUGCAAACAGCAAAAACUGACCCCAGAUCAGCAUCUGCUCGUGUAGCUUCAUCGUACUAAGAGACAGUCCCGAAGGAUCAGAGCUUCACACAAAGCCACUCUCCUUCACGCUCACAUAUAAACCUUCCACAACGUGAAGACUUUUAGUCCCGUCAGCCAUCUUACGCUGCCGUAUUUUUCACAUUUUUAUUUCUCAUAUUUGUUAUACAAUCCCAUUAAGUCCUACUUUGAGUAUCAAGCAUAGGUUAUCGAAUCUUGUAGCCUUAGCCCACGCUGAAUGUGACCUUAAAUCUUACAAAAGGACUUCCAAGUGUAUCUAAGGGAUUUAAACGUCUGCAGUGUCAGAAAUGUCAAACUUAUGUGGACUCGCUGCUCUUAUAAUGUGCGCAGAAGGCCUUUAUAAUAAUGUGGACUCCUGGCUGAUGUCGCCCUCGCUGAUGGACGCUUGAAAGAUGGAGACCGAGCAGAGAAAGGAACUGUUGAACACCCACUUUCACACAGUUAAACAGGGUGUGUGGCAGUCCUGUGUGCAGGACGCCAAGUGGAUCACUGAUGAAUCAUAUUGAGAAUUGCUCAGAAGCAUGGAGUCAUUAACACAGAUACUGAAGAUGUGGUUUUUACAUUUGUGCCACUGCUGUUUGUCUCAUGGACUCCUGUUGGGGAGAAAAAUGCCUAACUUGUAUUUUGUUUAGAUAGAGAGCCGUGGCGUUAGGUGUGAUAGAUUUUCGGUUCAUGAUGUGCAGAUGCAGUCAUUAAUAGCUCCUUUUUUUGUUUUGUUUCAAACAGCUGGUCAGACUAAACAAGCGAUUUAAAGGCGUCAUAUUUUAGUUUUUAGUAAACUGUGAUGGACAUUUUGCGCUAUAUUCAGACAUUUUAUGGAGCAAUUUAUCAAAAAUAAUCUACAGAUACAUUUACUGUCAGCCUGCAUUGUUUAAACGUGUAAUAAAUGCCUGUCCCACCCAAAGUUACCAGACACAAAUGAGACUACCUUCUUCGUGAAGGCAUGUUUGAGCUGCAUCUGCACAGAUGCAGAAAAUCUACAUAUUUUUUAAUUUUGCGAGUUACGUGUUAAGUUUGUCGGAUACUUUAAGAUGGUUCUAUAUAAUCUCUAAUCAAGUUUGGUUCCUUAAAAGUUCUGAAUAAUUAAUCGAGAACUGUGUACAUCUGACCAGUUGACUAGAUCACACAGCACUUGUUAGGUGAAGAGUGAGCGAUUAAGAGAAGUACCCGUGAGAGACACUUGAGGGCAGUAUCACUUCACUUUUCCUCUCCUUGACUGGUUUUGUAACCUUUCACAAAUACUUUAUUAAAGGUCUGUAUACUAAACAUAACAGUGCAAAAAAAAAAAAGAAGAGCCAAUUGAUGUUAUUACAGGUUGUAUAUGGAAAUACUUUAGAUUGUUCACAGAAUUUGAAAUGAUAAAGAAUAAUCACCAAUUAUCACAUGGCAUUUUAUGUUUGUUAAAAUUAUAUUCUUUCUUUUAGUCAUUAUUUUGUAUGUGCAUUUUACUCUGAACAUUUUUUUUUUCUCCAAUAUGACAGGAAAUUUACACACGUAUAUUUUGUCUGGGAGUAUGUGAAUGGUUUGAGCAGAGGGUUUUUUCUGUUAUAAAUCCAUCAGACGUGUAAAAUGUUGCUCAGUAACAGAUUCAACAAAUGGUCAGUUGUGCUUCAUAUAACUGUAUGGCUUUUACUGUGAAUGUUGGCGGUAACCAAAAAAAAAAAGGACUUUCAAGACAACAAAGUUGCGCUUCAGUCCACAUUUUAUUUAGGAAUGUAAAAGACAAUUCCUUCUGCUCAAAAUAAGAGAAAAGAAAUAUAUAUAUAUAUAUAUAUAUAUAUUUUU